AUGUUUUCAAUUCCUGGCCUUCCAACACCAGGAUCAGAAGUGCCUGUUCUGAUCAAGAGGGUAAACCUAAACCCAGUCUGUGGUCUUGUGGAGUUAUGGGUUAACAUGAAUGAAGAAAAGCAACACAUUUUUGAGCAAAUGAGAGAGGAAAUUCAGACUCCCAAAUGUAAAUUUAGUGGUUUGGAGGGAAAACCCCAAGACCCCUGCCUUGUUUGCAUUGGUGACACCUGGCACAGAGCUCUGAUUGUAUCUAUUCAAAGUGAAAAAUACAAUGUUUUUCUUAUUGAUCUGGGACAGUCCCAUAUUGCUACAAGUAAAGAUUUGGCAUGGGGACAAGAAGAUAGUUUUGUCCUUUCUCCUGAAAUUGAGAUGUGCAUUCUUGCAAAUAUUUUGUGCCUUGAGAACAAGUCACCUGAAAAAGCCACAAAGUUCUUGAAUUCUUUGCUGGGCAAAAAGUUUAAUGGAUUAGUCCAACAUGUGGUAAUGUCAGACAGAACAAUUCUUCUUGACAUACCCUUUGUUUCAAAGCACAUGUGUAAAGUUGGCGUUGCAAAGAAGAUCCCAAUGGGCACGUUUGAAAGCCAUGUGCUGAAAUAUCUGCAUUCCAUCAAGGAAGGUGCUUCUGGGCUAUGCCAUGAAAUGCAAGAAAAGCAUCGGAAUAAUUGCCAACUUGAGCUCGAUGAACACUACUUAUACCCAGAACUCUUAACUGAUGCAUUUGAAACUGUUGAAGUGACUGAAGUAAUGGAUCCCCAAAACAUUUUUUGCAGACUCUUAAUUUUUUCCAAGGCAUUGAAGAUGAUAUCAGAUCAGAUCCACCAGCAUUAUGAAGAGAGUCCAGACUUUACUGAAGCACAACCACAAAGCUUUGGGGCUCCAUGUGCAGCUAAAGACAAAAAUGGCAGAUGGCAUCGCUCUUUACUAAAGCAAAACAUUGACAUCAAUAAUGAUUCCAUAGAAAUCUUGAAUGUCGAUCAUGGAAAUUCUGAAUUGGUCCCAGUAGCAGACAUCAAACCCCUGCAUAAAAAAUUCCUGAAAUUGCCUGUUUUUACAUAUCACUGUUCUCUGGAAGGCAUAAAAGAUGAUGGUAGGGGGUGGACUGUAGAACAGAUUAAGUCCUUGAAAUCUUUGCUCCUGAACCAGACGGUGGUUGCCAAGUUUGGCAGACACAAUAUACCUCAGAAUGUCUAUUAUGUCACUCUUUAUGCAGAAAAUGCUGCAGGUACACGCAGCAUAAACGAUUCUUUCAUAGAGAAGGAAGAACUUUGCCAGCUUUCUAGGACUGAGCAAAAAUGUAUUCAGAAUGAAACUGUACCUUCAUUUUGUAUCCUUCCUGAAGAAGGACAAGGUACAGUUAUUUACAAAAACACCAGAUCAGAUGAACAACCAGCCUGUCAAGGCACUAAGAAAUUGCUGGUUAACGGCGCAGUAAAUGAUGUAGCCACGUGGAACAAAAAUACUGCUUUGAAAAACUGUCAAGAACAUCCAGACCCUCUUUGUCCAAACCGUCGGCAUCUGUCAUAUUACCCCCCUAAUGGACAAAAUGCACUUUCUGAGGGGGAGCUUUGCAUUGGAAGUGUUGUAGAUGUGAAAAUAUCUUGCAUUGAAAACAUACAGAAGUUUUGGUGUCAAACUGCCAACAGUGAUGCUCUCGGACUUCUUAUGCAAGACAUGCAAAACCACUAUGCCACUGCCCAUCCUCAACCGCUUGUUGAGUCGGUCUGUGUAGCUCGUCAUCCAGACAGUAGAAUGUGGUACAGAGCAAGAAUUAUUACAAGUGGACUUCCUCUUGCUGCUACAGUGAGGUUUAUUGAUUAUGGUCAAACACAACAGAUACCAUUGGAAGAGUUGUACCCCAUUGACCCAGCUUUCUUGCAACUGAAAGCCCAGGCUUUUCAGUGUUCUUUAUACAGUUUGAAAUGCACUACUGGUAUCGAUCUGAAUGAUGCAGCAUUUUCUGAGUUUCAAACAUUUAUUGAUUCAGCAGCUUCUUCAAAUAAUUGUUUGAAAUGCAUUAUUAAAGCUGUAACAUCUGAUGAACAAAGUCUGCCACUUAAUGUGGUGGAUAUAAAAGUGCCCCAUGAAAGUGCUUGCACAUUGCCGAAUCAGAAAUGCACAGAGAAUGAAGUUAUCCGACAAAUUGAUCCUUUUGUUCCAUCAGUCAAGUAUAAUUACUCCACAUAUAACAUUGAGGUAGGCGGAAGAGAGAAAGUGUGUGUAACUGCCUCAGAGGGUGUCGAUCACAUCUACUGCCAGCUGGACAGAAAUUGUCAUGUGUUUGACAAAAUGAUGGAAAGUGUUGCUCAAAUAAUGAGCAAACCACAGCGCACAGAUCACCCUGUUGGACUCAACAGUGCCUGCCUUGCCAGGUACACUGAUGAUCAGUGGUACAGAGGUCAAAUUGUAGGAAUAUCUCCAAAGCUUCAAGUGCACUUUGUGGACUUUGGUGAUACCUUGUUAUUGAAAGAAUCUGAUAUUUGCCCCUUUCCCCCUGAAGUAAGUCUUGCCAAGUCUAUUCCUGUGCAGGCUAUUCCACUGGAACUCUUUGAUAUUCCUAAAAAUGUACCUCAAGAAGUCAACAAAUGGUUUUCAGAUCAUGCUAUAGGGCAUAGUUUUAAUGUUUUAGUGGUAGCAAAAGGUGAAAAGGGAAAGUUAAUUGUUGAACUGUUUGACAAAUCACUGAAUGUAAAUGCCAAAGUAAGGGAGAAGAUUGCAAAGGUGCAAAAACAGACAAGUGGCCUUGGCCAGCAGAUGAACAAGCAUCUGUCUACCAGUCUACAAAAGACUAGUGUGCCUAGUGGAUACAAAGUUCAUGAGCACAGUAUAUCACGACGACACGACACUGCAAAGGAAUCCAAAGUCUGCAAGAGUCUUGUAAUGUGCACUGAAGUCGACGUAAAUAAAAGUCGUGUGUCUGUGCCAGAGCGUCGGCAUAGAAAAACUCUGAAUGGAAGUGGACAACCAAUGUCGGUGCAUGCCAGAAUCACAGAUGUGCCACAGAGGCUUAUAAAACAAGGAGUGACAGCUAAUGUGUUUGUUUCCCAUUUUAACAGCCCCUGCAGUUUUUUUGUUCAGCUUCAAAAAGAAGAAGCUGAAAUGCGCACUCUGUUGGCAAAGCUAAAUAAAUCUCAGUCAGCUGGUCAACCUCCAGCUGAUUUUCGAGACCUGCAGAUUGGUGACUUGGUGAAGACACUCAAUGAAAAUUCAUGGUAUCGUGCAGUUGUGAAACACAAACUUGAAGAUGGUACUGUACGUGUUCAAUUCAUAGACAUUGGCAGUGAAGCAGUAAUCUCCUACAUCAAAAUCUACCACAUUGGCAAAGAGUUUGCAGCAGUGCCAAAGUUCAGCAUAUCAUGCACUCUGGCAGGAGGAAACAUCAACCAUGAAACGUGGGAUGAGAAUGCAAUUUACAAAAAAGACACAAUGGAGAAUCCUAAAAAGACAUUUGUGUGCAACUUCAUUGAAGAAAAGGAAAAUGUUUGGAAUGUCACUCUUCAAGACAAACAAAUUGUGGCUGCUGAGCUGUACUUGCAAAACAUCUACUCCAAAAUGAAGCAGCUUCCCCCUCCUCCUUGUCCUGAGGGAAACGUGAGCAUUUGCGCAUACAAGAUGCCAAGCAUUUCUUUGAACAAUACAGAGGAUGUGUACACAUCCUGCAUUGUUGGACCCAGUUACUUCUGGUGUCAAUGUGCAAAUGGAGAUGAUCUUGGCAAAGUGGCAAGUCUUUCUCAACGAGCUGGGCAGGGACUGUCCAACAUGACACUUCCUGAAACUGUGGAUAUUGGCAGUCCAUGUCUUGCUCUCUUUGCCGUCGACAAGCAGUGGUAUCGAGCUCAAGUAAUUCAUAAAACUGAUGAUCUACUCCAUGUUUUGUUUGUUGACUAUGGAAAUGAGUCUGACAUUGACAUCAAGAAUGUGAAAUCAAUGCCUCCUUUUUUGCUGGACAUGGCUCCUCAGGCAUUUUUGUGCUCUUUAGAAGGAUUUGAUGAGUCUAAGGGUUCCUGGGAUGAUGAUGUUUAUGAUGAAUUCUACAAUCUCAUGGUUGAUAAACCACUCAUGGUUACAGUCUUGAACGUGGGAAAUAAUUCAGACCUUUCGCUCCCUCAGUAUGGAGUACAUGUUGAAUGUGAUGGCAUGAUUGUCAAUACAGUGCUGCAGAAACACUGGAAACCAUUGUUAGUGGAUGUCACAAAAGUACCUCAAAUGCCAACCAGUCUCAAAGAUGUACCCACUGUGCCAAGCUUUGAACUCCCUGAUGGAAAUGGGAACAGUUGCAUGUACAAGGAGCCAAAGAUUUCCCAAAACAAAACUGAGGAAGUAUUUGUUUCUUGCAUUGUGGGACCACACUACUUUUGGUGUCAGUAUGCCAACACAGAGGAGUUCAACACUUUGUCAAGAUUGGUUCAGACUCUAGGACAGGCAUCACAGGAAGUACUGAUGCCUGAGACUGUAGAUACUGGGAGUCCAUGUCUUGCUCUCUUUUCCAGUGACAAUCAGUGGUAUCGUGCCCAAGUAAUUCAGAAAACUCACAACACUCUCAAUGUGUUGUUUAUAGAUUAUGGAAAUGAGUCUGAAGUAGAGAUCAAACAUGUGAAACCACUGCCUUUUCCUCUGCUGGAAAAGGCUCCACAGGCCUUUUUGUGCUCUCUGGCUGGAUUUGAUGAUUCUCAAGGUUCCUGGGAUGAUGAAGUUUAUGAUGUCUUCCACAAUCUUAUGGUUGACAAGCCACUGAAAGUGACUCUGUGCAAUAGGGAAGCUCACUCAGAGACUAAAAUUCCCCAGCAUGUAGUGAAAAUUGAAUGUGAAAGUAUGAUUGUAAAUGUAGAGAUGCGGAAAUACUGGAAACCAUUUGCCCCAGUGCAUGAGCCAAUAGAAGGUUCUCAAACAGAAACCCUCCUCAAAGAUGUCCCAAUUGAAUCCAGCUUAACACAUCUUAAGUUUCCUGAAGAGAAUGUGAGUAGUUGUGUGUACAUUAAUCCAAACAUUGGACAAAGCAAGACUGAAGAGGUAUAUGCUUCCUGCAUAUUUGGACCAUGUCACUUUUGGUGUCAGUACGCCAACACAAAGGAACUCAAUGAAGUGACAAAGCUUGCUCAGGAAAUUGGACAGGUGGAGCAGGACAUACCCGAGACUCUGGAUCCAGGGAGCAAAUGCCUUGCUCUCUUUUCCACUGAUGGGCAAUGGUACCGAGCUCAAGUAAUUCACAGGACUGACCGCAUGCUCUCCGUUGUGUUUAUAGACUAUGGAAAUGAAUCAGAAGUUGACAUAAAGGAUGUGAGACUGAUGCCUCAGAUUCUGAUGGACAAACCACCUCAGGCCUUUUUCUGCUCAUUGGGUGGUUUUGAUGAGUCAAAAGGCUCUUGGGAUGAUGAGAUUUAUGAUGACUUCUACAAUCUCCUAGUUGAUAAACCACUAAAAGUGACAGUGGUGAAUAUGGAGGCUAACUCAGAAUCUGCAGUUCCUCAAUAUGCAGUGAAAAUAGAGUGCAAUAACAUGGUUGUGAACACACUGAUGCAGAAAUACUGGAAACCUUUUGCCACAGACGGUGGUGUGACAGAACAUCCCGAGUCAGUGAAAGUGGACAAUGGACAAGAGGACUUGCCUUCUCAGUAAGGUCAUAUCAGACCAAAUGGUAUGGCUUAAAAUUGGAUAUUAAAUGUCAGAAAGGCAUGCCCAUGACAUGAAACUAAUUAUUUACCGUGAAAUAAUACUUAAGACAAGGAAAUAUUUUGCCCCCGAUCUGUCUAGUGUCUGGCAGGACUGU